UGCGGACGUACGAAGCGGUCACAGUUUGGUGAAAUUUACUCACCCAAACUACCUGGUUAGGCUUAGUGCUCUAAGGUGGUAUGUUAUGUAGUGAAAUCCUGAAGGUGUAUCCUGUGGUAAAGUGGGUGUUUGGGGGUAUAUCACGUAAUUAGGAGGGUGUUUCGGGGUGUACCAUGUAGAUAAAGCGGGUGCGCCUUGCAGUCUCCGAAACUUUUGUGAAGCCUCUCAACGGAAACGCCACCAUCAUUCCGGCGCCGGGUCAAGACUUUUAUUUUGACAGUCUCCGUAUAAAGUUCCGUGUGGCUACCCGAGUUUAGCUCGACACGGUGUUGGUAGUAGUGCUGCUGCUGCUGCUGACUGAGCGGUGAGCGAGUGGAUGGUGGAGCUGUUCGCGGUGGAAAAACACCGACGUCCGGACUCACGAAAAUGCCUCACCGCCGCGUGUAAACGGGCGAAACUCGCUGAGGGGCGAGAGUCAGGUCUCCAGGCGGGUUCAGAGGAAAAUAAAGGCAAGAUGUUGCAAGUUUUAGCUUGUGGCGCCGUAGUUUUCCCCGGUCUCUUCUUCGCCUUCAGGAGAAUCCUGCCGUGUGUGUUCAAACACUGGAGCGAUGCCGACGUGGUGCUGGUUAGCGAGAGACUGGUGUCCUCCAUCCAUGCCAUCAUGGCAACCACGGCAGGAGUCAUCGUUGUCUCCUCAUGUCGGGGGAACAUCAUCAACGACAGGCAUUGGCUGGCCACCUACUUCGUCAUCUGGUACGGUGUGCCCUACAUGACUUACGACAUCUUCGCCAUGUACCUCAGUCACUACUACCGUUUCCGCGUCAAAGGGCACGAGGACUACAAGCAGCAUUCGCUGAGGACCGUAAACUCCUUCGUCCGCAGAGAGUUCCUGCUGGUGCUGCACCACAUCGCCCUGCUCACCAUCCUGCUGCCUGUCACACUGUUCUUCAGAAAGGACCAGGGGGAUUUCUUCAUCGGCUGCUUGUUUCUGACGGAGCUCAGUACGCCCUUCGUCUCCCUGGGGAAGAUACUUAUUCAGCUCAGCCUCCAGGACUGCUGGCUGCACAAGGUCAACGGCGGCAUGGUGCUGCUCACCUUCUUCAUGUGCCGCAUCGCUCUCUUCCCCUACAUGUACUGGGUGUACGGCCAGCACUAUGGCAUCCCUCUGUACACCGUGCCCUUCCACCUGCCGCUAUCCGCCAACCUGGGCAACUUGUGCAUCCUGGCACCGCAGGUCUACUGGUUUGUCCUGCUUUGCCGAAAGGGCUACCGUCUGUACCGCCGUAGUCGUAUGGAAAACUCGUCUCCCGCAGCCGCUGUCACCGACAGCUCGAAGGAUAAUUGAAGUCGGGUUCACGAUCGCUCGCUCAAGCCGCACACUCAGCUACUAACGCAACUACUUCUGCAAAGGCACUAGUUUGAAUGAACACACUUGGAAUCCCAUCAUCGUACUGUAGUACACCAGGACUGCCUGCUCUUGUCCCUCAACUCCUGGGCAUUUUCAGCACACUUUAACUCCUCUGUUACAAAUCUGCUGCCUAAGUGGACCUCUGCACCGAUCCAGUUUGAUGAGGUUUCUGUCAUUGUUGUCGACGUGCUGCACUGCAUCUUUAACUCGGGCACCACAGAAGAAAGAUUGCGAGUACAACAUGGAGCAGGACGAGCCUCCGAGGAGGGACAUUUUCUUAUCUUUACUCCUACUGUGUUUACAGCUUCUGCUCAUUUGGAAGGUCUGUUACAAAGUGUGAGAGAGUCGCUGUUGCAGUAGGUUGUUGGUUAUUUUCAUGGUUUUACUGUAAUGUGACAGAUAGUGGCGAAUAGUGAUGGGUGGGAUGCAGGUCGAGGCAGUAUUGGCAGACAUGACUGUGAGGAAUACUCACCUCUCACCUCAUCCUCAUUCGAGAACUAACAACAGCGAGCUUUGCUAACACCCCGUUAAUGUGAUAGUUUCUGACUUGUUUGAAGUUACCCGUACAGCGCGUCGCCAUGCCCUCAGUUUGCGGUUCCACAUCAUCAACCCUUCGUUCUCCUCUGUGAAAACCUGGCACACUUUUAUGUCCCUGGCUCCCGUUGUUUUUGGACGUCAUCCCUUUUCACAAAGUUUCUGGGAGCCAUGUUCUUCAUUUCUGCAAAAUUAAGAUAUUUUACAUGAAACACAUGGCAUUAAACAGCUCUGUUGUUUCAUUUUGUGUUGAUGCUGAAACACCUGAAGACGACUCUCAGUAUCUAAAAAAAUCACGUAAAGCCAGGAUAGGAUGAGAAACCACAUUCUGUGUUUAGAUGACGCUGGAGCAUUGCAGCUGCCUUAGAAACACUGCGACGAUGUAGGGCAUCGUGGGGACGACACGGGACAGACCACGGAGGGAGGGCGGCGGACACAAACUCAGGACCAAGGUCAGAGCAAUAAGGUGAGCGGCGGCUCGUCGGGGCAAACUGAAACAGAGGAUUCAAAUUUCGGAGCAAGUAGCCACAUAACAUCAAAGUUGUCUGGAGAGAUUAUCCCUGAAACGGAUCCAUAACAAACUUAGGAGAUGACAUCCGGUGACUGUUUGGUUUCCCUGAGGCUCCAGAGGUUUAUAUGCACUUGUGUAUCAGCUGUUACAUUCAGCACUUCACACAGAGCUGUAUAUAUAUAUAUAUAUUUCAUGGGUUUUUUUUUUUUAGAGAUUUAUCACAAAAAAUAGUUUUAAACCAUAACCUAGACAUUGUAAUUAGAACUGAGAGGACUGCAGUUAGUUUUUGUUUUCACAGUUGCAUGAAGGCAUUUUUCUUAAAGACGUUUAUGAGAGAAAAUCAACGCUUCACUUUCGAUCCAAGUUUUUUCAUAUCGCAGAAUAACUAACUUCAAACGAAUGCCACAUACAUCUAGACACUGAAGUUUAUUCUUGGUCAGUAAAGCUUUAUAGGGAACUAACGGAUUAAAUAUGUGCCGUUAAAGGCCCUUUUUUAUAUCCUGCAGAUUCAGUCUAUGCAAAAGAGGCUGCAGCCUCAUGUAAUGCUGAAGGAAAGUGCAGCUGUAGUUUUCCUGAUUGGAUGCUGACUUCACAGGGCUGUCACUUCUUCAAAAGGCAGCAGACAGUCUUUCCUUUGUUCACGGUUUUUGUAUGUUUGGUUUCGAUUCCCAAAUGUUUGCACACAUUACUUUCUCAAAUGGUUCUGUGUCAUGAUGGUUGGUUUCUUCCAUUUUGCAUCAAAGCGAGCACACAAGCUCUCAAGUUUUGCGGUCUCUGUGAGUCACAUGACAGUCGUGGGAAGGUUGUGAAUGCGAAAACACAGUUUAACAGUAGCACGAGAGGAGAAAAGUCAGGAAACUGUUUGGUUAGAGUAGCCCCCUUAAGCUACUGGUCAAACCGGGAGAAGAAGACGGCGGUGGUUGCCUGCUUCAGUGAUGGGAUCCAAGUGGCAGGUCCUUUUCCUGGGAGAUCUGACCAAUCCUUCCAGGCCUGCAUGGUGGUCUUGCUGUAAGUUUCUGUACUGUUGGUAGGCAGACUGUUUGCUGACGAGCAGCACGAGGAUGAGGCAGCGAGGAGAGCCGAGCUGCUGAACGAUGGGCUUGUUUGUCUCGUUUGGCUGUAGCCCAGCAGAGUGCUGGCCUCUUUUGUCCACUGCUGACCAGGCCACUGUUACUGGAAACAUCCCAGGCUCUUUGUCCUGCUCUCAGCCGGACUCUCCCGGUCGCGACUUUUUUUCUUUACUGUCCUGUUCAACCUCCCCCCCUUUUUGCUGUGUUUGUCAGUUUUAUUCCUGCACUUGAGUUUAUCACAGCUUGUCAAGUCUCCUCUUUCAUCACAGUCAAACCUAAUGGCUGUCUCUUUAUUCGACCGUGUUUAUUUCUGUACGUGAAAGCUGCAGGUCAUUCCUUUAAACCUGCAGGUCAUUCUCCCCUUCAGCCUCCAUCCUCCCGUCAUUUGGUUUUUACCCGUCACUCAGCUGAUGUGCUCUGCGGUGAUGGAAAGUUUCUGAGAGCCUCAGCAGAGUGAGCCCUCCCUCCUCUCUGCUGCCAUCUGUCGUCAGGAUUAUCUGCUUGUCUGCUCAGCAGUUAACAGGAAGGAACAUGUUGGCAUGAGCAGAGCCAGACGGGCGUUUCCUGUUUGUGUCCUCUGGGUUCUGCUGUCUUCACAUACGUUUAUGUCAGUUUUCAGGCGCCAUGACCUCACCCAGCAUGAAAUCCACUGACAAAUGUUGUUGUUUUAAUACUUUGGGAUGAGUUUCAUUGAAUGUUUUUUAAUGAACGGUGCAGAUUACAGCGAAGGUUUCUGGAAAGAAACAUUUGUACCUUCUUGACACAAAACUUUUUGAGAUGUUGUCGGGCAUCUUAUGACAGUUUGUGCUUUGUAGAAAAUGUCCGGUUUUGUUUGACUUUUUUAUUAUUGUUAUUAUUGAAUUUGACCAAUAAUAUUUUAACAGUAGUCUCUAGGCGUAGCUUCCAGAUCACGGAAUAAAUCCAGAAAACAUUCAGUCAUUCCACAAUAGUUCAUAAUCAUCAAAGGUUCUGUUGUUUAUAACAGCUCUUUAUUUUAUCAUGGUUUUCUUUCUUUUUCUUUUGUCCCUGUGGUAAUUAAGAAAGCAAAACCCCUGGAAAGGGUGUGUGUCUGUGCCCGAAAUUCAAAUGCAAUUUCUGUACUCGCAAAGUAACACCCAUAUCAGCCGACGACAUCGACUCGCCGGUGCCUGAUGUUUAAAUGAAAGACCCUGAUAUCCGGGGAAUUGGGCCGACCUGAAGUUAGCCCAGGGUCUGCUACACUGUCCUGACUUCAGCCUUCAGUUCGAGCUACAUUCUGAUUUUUUUCCUUUGCUACCAGUUUGGAUCACUGCCUCAUGCGGUCACGUUGCACACGAACUCCAUCUGAUCCAAAACGUGAGAAUCCCUCAUCAAGAAUAAUGAAAGGUUCAAGGUAUGCAGAGUACACAUAUCCUACCAGGUGUACUUUGUCGCGUGAUAAAUUCUUAAUGUGGAAAGUCUUAUCUUCUUUGCUCAGGGUUUGAUGAAGUUAACGUGUUUGUAGAGGUUUAUUGUAAGCUUAUGAAACUGUGAGAGUGAUUCUGAAGAUCUAGAAUGAUAUGCUGUUUCUUUUCUGUAUGAUGUUAUUAUUAUUAUUUUUUCCUUAUAGAUUUUUGUUUUAUUUAAGCUUUCUGACGGGGCUUGUGAUACUUAAGGGUUGGUAAACCAAAGACUGUCUGGCACUUGAGUUAAUCGCAGUAACUGAAGUGAUAUCGAGAGAGAUCCAUUUGAUUGUCAGUGCUUUAGACAUGCUAUAGAUGCUGUGACCCACUUCUCCUACCCUCCAGUCUCAUCCUCUGUCUGGGGAGCCCACAGAGUGACCAACUUGUUAGGGUUGUGACAGAUAUUUCCUCUGAGGGCGUAGUGGAAGGAAUACGACCGAGAUCGCCAGCUGUUUAGUAGAUUCUCCACUGACGUGCACCCUUUUCAUGGGGUACAUCCUGCUGUAAAGUCUGCUGAACGCUGACUUUUUUACGGCAUAAUUUUGGCACAUUGGUUGUGAAGCUGCAUAAUUAUACUUGUGAAUGUUUCACUUUACUCACAAUAAAAACAGAUUAACAUUAAAAACAAAAGUUAUGAUUUGUAUUCCUCAUAUUCCUGUUGAAUGGGAACAUGGGCACCAAGCUUCAGCUCUGCUGCGGCAUGCUAACGCUGUUUAGCAUAGCUCUGAAGCCUGCUCUCUGUAACACUGUUUUGAGUGACCGGUCACUCUGUGCUAACACUUAAGCAUCUUCUUUAUGUGGAGUGGUUUCAGAAUUCAUGGUAACAGUUUGUCUUAAGUCAUAUCAAGCUCCAAGCUGACACUUAAUUUACGCUGAGCUGGUGGUAGACUGAAACUUUAGCUCAGACCAGGCUGAGCAUUAGUGAGGUUCUUGCUAACACAGUUUUGAGUUCACUCCCUGCUAGGUGGUUGCAGACAUGCUAACACUUUUUUUUAUUAUUAUUAUUAAUGCUAGUAAGCACCAUGCUUAAACAGGAUUCCAUGCAAACAAUUAGCAAUGCAAUCUUGCAAUGUUGAGGCAUAAUAAGCUCCAAGCUAACAAUAGGUUGAUCAGGCUAGCUCCUCUAGUUAGCAGGCUUGAUGCUAACAUUUUAGCGCAUGUGAGUGCCUUUUCAUUUUAACGAAAAUAAAACUAACUGAUCCAUUAAGUUAAACUCCCGUGAGGUCUUGACAAGCUUCCUAAGACAGAUGGGGGAUGUGGCUGGAUGCUCAGCACCUUGUCCUAAAUGCAGAUUAAAGAAACUUUCUAUCAGAAGACACAUUUGGGAACAGAGGGUGAAAUUACAAAUGGGCCAGGACUUCUAUUUAUGGCUUCGAGUUGUAGCCAAUAAUACUACACUGUUGAAAUGUAAUACUUCUUGUUGUCAUAUUUAAUCUAGAAUGAUGUGACUGUGGCAGAUGGUUCCUCUCAUUCACUAUGCUAAGCACUAUGAAGCUAAAAGCAUACUGGGGUCGUACACACAUUAGAGGUGUCCUCAGACUGUUGAGGUGUGAAUGGGGAGAAUAACUUCCCAAUGAGAUCUCAUCUUCCCUCGGGACACCUUUUGUAUACUUUUGCUGCUUUGUGUUCACACAUCAGUUCAGGGUUGGUCCCUCUUUGCUGUCCAGGAUUUGGCUGGUGGUGGGUUUUAGGCAUUCUCCUCUGACUUUCUAGACAGUGAGUUUUGAUGAAGAUGAAUAAUGGUGUUAUAGUUAGAACGCGAUCUAAAAAUUGUGUGCCAGUGUGUAAAUAAGAACUGUUGGAUGCUUAGUGGCUGUGACAACAUCUGCGCUGGGAUCGGACUGCACAGUAUCAGCCCAACAAAGACCUCAGGAGGAAAAAGACCUUCUCUCUCCUGUAAUUUGACAGUUAGAUGACCACAUUGGUGACCCACAGAAGCACAGAUUGGUCCCCCGUGCACAGCUGGAAAGACAAAUGUGAAUGAUGUUGAUGUCAGGUGGAACAGUGAAGUCUGUCUCUGCCACCUCCUCUCACAUCACAUAUUUACACCAAACUAUGGCUGCAGAUCUCAGCAGCAUGAACACUGUGUCGUCUGGUCCCAGGAUUAGCUGCGAUUUAAAAGUGCAGCUUGUAAUUUUUUUUGUUGGGUUUUGUUGUCACCUGAUUGUUGGUGUCAAACAGCAGAAAAUACGCAGAUCAUUAGUUUUAAAAACAAUCAUUAAUAAUGACAGUCAGUUCUACUUGCGUUCCACGUCUUUUAAAUAGUAUGAUUUUCUGUUUUCUGAUGAUGUGAUGUGAAUGCGACGUUAGGCUGGUGAACUGCACAAAAAUGGCUUUCAAACGUACAGAUUUCGGAUGAGGAUUUUACAUGCAGCAAAAACUGUGUUGCUGGGACCGCAUUCGGUCUAUGGACAUUCAGCCACAUUUGGUCUCCGGUGCCUUGUGAAAAAUCUAUUUGUGAUACCCACUAAACUCGGUAUGAAAGAGCUAAGUUGGCAGGCAGUGUUUACAGGUCGUGGUUGUGUGUAUCGUGUUUAUCAUCAUCGUGUCAUUAAAGGAGGAGUACUGUUUCAGUCGUUCUGGUGUUCGCAGCAGUCGUCACAAAAUGUCUCGUUGUUUUAAAAAUCCUAUCACUGAUAUUUUAACUGUUUGAAUCGAUUUGCUAUGCAUUUACUGCUAGAAUGAGAAUAAAAGAUGUCCUUUGAUUCUGUUGACAUGAAGGCCUUUUUAUUAAUGUUUUGUAGUAUUUCAUAUUUUGUAGCAUUUAAUCUAUAUUUUGAAAUUAUCAAGCAAAUCCCAUGAUGUUGUUUUUCUAAAUGAAUAUGCAUCUUUUGAGGUUGAAUCCCUUUAAGGAAUAGACAUGCUGUAGUCUUGAAUUUGUUUGCUGUGUUUCUGUUGUUUUGGACCUUUCAUAUGUUGGUUUUGGUGGAUGCAUGGAUUUGCAUUUGAAUCUUGUCCUGCUGUUCAUAUCAUGCACUUCUCCACCAUGACUUAAAUGCAGCACCGUCACAACCUUUAACACUUCCUGCCCCACGUUAUUUUUGAUAGCAGUCUGAUUUUUCAUACAUACAUAUCAGAUUUGAUGCAUCUGUCCUUUUUGUAGGGUGACCUUUUUUGAGGAACUUUUCCUAUCUGAGAAGAGACUGGACUGUUUUACGAAACGAAUGCUUGAAAGUAUUGACGUACAAAGAAUUGUGUACUGUAGCUGCAACUUGUGAAUUCAGAGCACCCCUUUAAAAUUCAAUAAAUUUUAUUUGACAGAGUG